UUAUCGAUAAAAGGUUUGGCUUUGACUUGAGUUUGGCUCUAAAUAGGAGGUUAGGAAUUUGUGCCACCUAUUUUUGAAGUUUUAUGUGAUUCUCCUGUUUGAAAUAUAUACAAGAAGCUGUAUUUUUGAAUAUUUCAAUAUGUAUGGAAGCUAUGAUAGUAUGGAUAAUGCUUACGGAUACAACGAUCCUUACAAUGGCGACUACGAUAGCAAAGGAAGAAUUAUGUCCGAUGUUCCAGAAGAUGUCAAAAAAUUUCUGCAUGAUCUGAGCAGGGCUAUUAGCCAGGGCAACGUCUAUGUUAUGCAAGAUUUAUAUGAAAACUACUAUCCACAACUGACUGAGACUUACUAUUCGAAAUGCCCCUGGCCGCAAGUUGAAGAAGUUGAAAUUAUCCUCAAUCAUCUUGAUAGAGACGAUAUUUUCUUUGUACUUUACAAAGAGCUGUACUACAGACACAUUUAUGCCAGAGUGCAGCCAACCCUUCAGCAGAGGAUUGAUUCGUAUUGGAACUAUUGCUCCUUCAUGAAUUUCCUUAUUGGUGGUGACAAGCCCCAGAAUCUGCGCCUGCCCGACCAGUGGCUGUGGGAGGUGAUCGACGAGUUCGUGUACCAGUUCCAGUCGUUCUGCCACUACCGCACCAAGCUGACCAAGCCCGACGAGAUAGUGGAGUUGGUGCGCAUCAACAACCAGGUGUGGAGUGUGCUCUGUGUGCUCAACGUGCUCCACUCACUCGUCGACAAGUCCAACAUCAAGAAACAGCUCGAGGUGAGCGCCAGUGGCGGUGACCCGGAGUCAGUGGCCGGUGAGUAUGGCCGCAGUCCGCUCUACAAGAUGCUGGGUUACUACAGUCUGGUUGGCAUGCUGCGUCUGCACUCGCUGCUGGGUGACUACUACCAGGCCAUCAAGGUCCUCGAGAACAUCGAUCUCAACAAAAAGAUGCCGUACGCUCACGUGCCGGCCUGCCAGAUCUCGACGGCUUACUACGUGGGCUUCGCGUACAUGAUGAUGCGUCGCUACUCCGACACCAUCCGCACAUUCAGCUCCAUCCUGCUCUACAUCAACCGCACCAAGCAGCUCUUCCAGGCGCGCACCUAUCAGAACGAUCAGAUCAACAAGCAAACUGAGCAGAUGUACAAUCUGCUGUCAAUCUGCCUGGUGCUGCACCCGCAGUGCAUUGACGAGUCGCUCCAGAACAUUCUCCGCGAGAAGAACUACAACGAGAAGAUGUUCCAGAUGCAGAUGGGAGAUCAUAAGGAAAUCCAAGACUGCUUCCGGUUCGCGUGCCCCAAGUUCAUCCUGCCCUAUGCGCCGGACUACGAGAACAAGGAUGACCUUGACAAGAACGCCACCGACUACCAGGUCCAGGUGUUCAUGGACGAAGUCAGGCAACAGAAGAUGCUCCCUACCAUCAGAAGUUAUCUGAAGCUGUACACAACGCUUCCGAUCUCGAAGUUGGCCAUCUUUAUGAGCGAGGGAGACAUCAGCGAGGAAGAGCUGAAGAAGAACAUCGAAGACCUGAAGAUUCAUCUGCUCUGCUUCAAGCACAAGAUGAAGAACGUCGUCUGGACCAAGGGCGGUGCCUCAGGACUCGAAGGCAGCUUCCAGUCUGGAUCUGAGCUUGACUUCUACAUUGACAACGACAUGAUCCACAUCGCUGACACGAAGGUCGCCAACAGAUACGGCGAUUUCUUCAUCAGGAAAAUACUUAAGUUCGAAGAACUAAAUAAGCAGCUGCAUGCUAUCAAAAUAUAGAAAAGUUUUGCCAUCAAAUUAAUUUCGUAAAAAAUAUAAAUAUGGUUUGAUGAGUAAUUCCAAAUGAAAUGGUAAAGAAUGUAUAAUUAUUGUCAUUGUCCAUGAGAAUUUAUUGUUUUCUUUGGAGUAUUAAAUUUCUUCUACCAUUCCA